CCGAGUGGACAUUACGUCAUCACCAGCGUGUUUCCCUGCCAGUGUUGUGAAGACGGAAGUGACUUCCCUCAGGCACACACCUUUUAAACAGUCGUAGGAAAACCUCUUUUGUCCAGCUAUGUCCAUUGCUUACAAAAACAGGAUACAGGACUUCAAAGUAGCUUUAAGUGAAGAAAACAUAAACUUGAAGACACUUAGAGAUCUGUGCUUUAAUGGAAUCCCAUUUGAAGGAGGCAUACGGGCACUCUGCUGGAAGAUCCUUCUUAAUUACCUUCCUCUUGAUCAGAUGAGAUGGUCAUCUUUCCUCAAAAAAGAAAGGGAGGUGUAUUCCCAGUUCCUGAAAGAAAUGAUCAUCCAGCCUGGCAUCGCCAAAGCCAACCUGGGCCUGUCCAGAGAAGAUGUAACUAUGGAAGAUCAUCCUCUAAAUCCCAAUCCAGACAGCAGGUGGAAUACUUACUUCAAAGACAAUGAAAUUCUACUUCAAAUUGAUAAAGAUGUAAGGAGGCUGUAUCCAGACAUGGCCUUUUUUCAGCGUCCUACCGACUACCCUUGCCAACUUAUCUUAGACCCUCAGAAUGAUUAUGAAACGCUGCGUCGGCGAGUGGAGCAAACCACCCUGAAAGCACAAACUGUUAAUCGGAACCGCAGUGGAGUAACCAACGUCAGCUCCCCUGGAAAGGCUUUGAAACUGUAUCCAUCUAAUGAAUAUGAGGUGUUGCCCAGUGGCAGCGAAGCACAUUGGGAGGUGGUGGAGCGCAUCCUUUUUAUCUACGCCAAACUCAACCCUGGGAUUGCGUAUGUGCAAGGCAUGAAUGAAGUAGUUGGUCCAAUUUAUUAUACCUUCGCCACAGACCCAAACAGUCAGUGGAAAGAGCACGCAGAGUCAGAUACAUUCUUCUGUUUCACCAAUUUAAUGUCAGAGAACAGAGAUAAUUUCAUCAAAAGCCUGGAUGACUCGCAGUGUGGCAUAACGUACAAAAUGGAGAGUGUGUACUCUAUGCUCAAAGAGAAAGAUCUGGAGCUCCAUCACAAGCUGCUAGAACAAAAUAUCAAACCUCAGUACUUCACCUUCCGCUGGCUAACCCUUUUGUUGUCACAAGAGUUCCUCCUGCCAGAUGUCAUCCGCAUCUGGGACACCCUGUUUUCUGACCAAGACCGUUUCCACUUCCUCAUCCUGGUCUGCUGCGCCAUGCUCAUACUGAUCCGAGACAACCUCCUCGCAGGAGACUUCACAGUAAAUAUGAGAUUACUGCAGGAUUAUCCCAUCUCAGAUGUCCACACCAUCUUGACAAAGGCCAAAGAACUGCAGGAUAACUCAUAACCUGUUGACUCUUCCAUCUGUUGCCUCCACUCAUGUGGUGAGUGAGACGGCAGACAUUGAACAAAACUCUGUCAAACGUGUUUAAGGACCUCAACUUAUAUGUUGGGAAAAACAGCAUAUUGCCUUUUAACUGGAUGUCUGGUCUGUGGAAACUGCAAAAGACAACUUGAAUAAUGGAACAUUGUGUUGAAAAGAACUUGCGUGGCAGUGCAUUAUGGAGAAAAAGCAGUCAUUCUCUAUUCUCUGCCAUCUCUCUCUGGAGACCUGUUGUCCUCAGUCGGCAGUGUUUGCACUGAACAUCUGGGGCAGCGACAUUUCAAUUGGUAAGUCAUAAAACAUUCCAUAGAUGUUCUAAGAUUGACCUUCUAUUAAACGACUGCAACAGCUUGUGUAAGCAUAAUAAAUGAAAAGUGCAUGUUUGCUCCUUUCUUAGUUUUUGGUGGUUGUAAUUUUUUUUUUUUUAAGUGUUUGAAUGUUUUUAAUAUAAUUAACCUGUGUGCCAUUUUUCACAGUAUUUCAAAGGUAAUCAUGAAGUGAUGGAACUGGUAUUUAGGGAUGAGUACUGAAUUCGGUAUUUUUAUAGGCACCAACUGAAUUCCGUAGUUACUACCGGGUAUCAAUCCACAUACAAUCAAAUGGUGCCAUUUUUCUAAACUUCACGUCCAGUAGCAGACUAAACCGUGACUCAAACACUUGGCGGAUAAAUAAUCAUUUGAGCAGCAAACUAUGCCAAACUGCCUUUAGGUAAUGUUGCUAUUGUUAAUGCCAACAAAGCAAGUAUGCCUGAUAGAAAAAACUCCAACAUAAACUAAGACUCCACUUUUCCAAAAUGCGCUAAAAGAAGUGACAUUGGCCUGGUCAUAUAAAUGCUAGCGACUAGUACAAUUAGCAAUUUUACAUAGCAAUUUCAACACCUCCAAAUUUAGUAAGAUCCAGUUAUGAUCAAAACAGCAAGUGUGUAAUAAAUAUAAUUAUUACAGAAUUAACAAUUUGUAGGGCUCAACAUUAGACGAGACUGGCACAUUCAGCUUUAUGACAAGGACUACUUCCUAGCUAGGCAACACACCGUCGCUUGUAAGCUACUGCCCUCCAACGUCUUGGAAUUGCAACUGCAUGCAAAGUCUACAGAACAUUCACAAAUGAGACUCAGAAAUGUAUUGAGAAAUCAAUAUAUAACAGGACAGCACAGUUAUCAUAAUCAGUUCAAUGUUAAAUGCUACAUUAAAAAAUAUGUUUUUAAACAAUUAACAUUCAUCAACACACACAAAGCACCGAAAAUUUGUACCUUUGGGUAACUAUUGACUCCCAGGUACCAUAUUGGUUAAAAAAUGUGAAAGGUACCCAUUGUAUUGGAUGUUGUGAAUAAUCAUUAAAAAAUCAAAAUUGCUUCAGUAUUGUGCCUUUUAGACCUACGAUGAAUUUAAAUUGUACACAAAUAUGCGUGAUUGAAUGAAAAGAACAGCAAAGGUCAGUACAUUAUACUAAAUAAUUGUGUAGCUAAUCUUGUAAAUGCAGCAGCAGCAAUGUUUGUAUGGCCAGAUAUUUUAAAUACAUUUAUCAUGGGCAUGCAUGCAUAUAAUUUGGGGCCUUUUUU